UAAUCUAACUCUAAACAAAAACAUUAGGCCCACUUAUAGAGAGGAGAGAGCAACCUGCUACAGUAUCUCUGACUGAGCUCGGUGAGAUUUAGGUAACGAGGUUGCAAGAUCGCUGGUUCAUGGAUCAUUCAUAUCGCAGUACAUAAGGUACAUUGGUUUGCAUAUGUGGUAUACCUGGACACAUACUUACAACGGAAUGAAAUGGAACAUUAUAAAGCAAUGGUUAUAAAAUACGAUUUACGUUCAAAAUAUGGUUGAACGCUACACACCUGAAGAUGAUAAGACGUACGGGUAAACGACCGAGAAACGCUAACAUACAACAUGGCGCAACGAUAAUCCAACAUCAACUGAGCUGAGGAUUUGAUUUCCCUGUGGCAAAAUCUAAAUCGGAUUAAGAUUAUUCAAAUAAGGCGAUAAGAACGCUAUGUGAUAUCCAAGAUAGCGCAAUUCCAUAAUGUACCAAUUAACGUAGAAAAAAUACAUAACUCAGCAGGAUUAGACGGAUAUUUUGUUACACUUUGGGCGAAAAUAGCUUACGCCGUCGAGAUGAACUGAACAUGUUUUUGUAAAUCAGAGGUAGACGUCGAUGGAAUUUACCGGACUUGACUCUUGACCUUAUUUAAUAGAAACUUGGAAUCUGUUGAUAAGUAACACAAGAAAUAGACACCUUCGCGCAAUAAUUAUUAAAGGUGCUGUAAUUAACGGAUCGUGGUUAUCAGGAGUUGGUACAGCUUGUUAUUAAUAGACACUGGCGUUGUCGGCAAGGUGCUUCUAAACAUUUCCUUGUUCGUUAUCAACACGGGACGUUAUGAGGAAUUGCCCUAAUUACGAUUACGUCACUGUCACACCUGGAUCUACAUAAUUUAUCCGAACGUGCUUCAUUCACUAGAGUUUAAUCAACAUUCCGACGGAUGGAAGUUAUUCUUGCAUAUAUAGUAUCAGUAUCAGUGUGAUAAUCUUGAUAUUCAACAGUAACUAGCAGUUGAAUUCUAAGAUGGCAAGUGGAAAGAAAGCCCUGUUGCAGGAUAUUUCCGACCAAUUCCUGCAAUGUAAAAUAUGUUUCGAGGAUUACAAAUCGCCAAAGACUUUAGAAUGCUUACAUACUUUUUGCAGCCAUUGCUUGGAUAAGCACGCUGAUUCGGAGUAUGAACGAUCGUACCGUUAUAUGGUGUACGGACGAUCCGUUACUUGCCCGAUAUGUCGCAAGCGGACGGAACUACCGUCCGGGGGGAUCAGGAGACUUCCGGACAAUUUCCUCGUCACUAACCUCAAUGACGUCAUCAACAGGGUAAAACCGAGCAAAGUACCGCAAUGCGAAAUUUGUAAGAACUUUAAGAAAACUACUGUAGACGCUUGUUCAAAAUGCUUAGACUGUGCUAAACUACUUUGCAAGUCAUGUGUGGAACAGCACAGGAAAACUAAAGUGACUCAAGAUCACAGUCUUUUCGAUGUCCAGGUCGAGAAAGACAUCGAAUGUAAGGUACACCCAGAAGAAUGCGUUCGGUUUUAUUGUGAACCAUGCGAAACGUGUGUCUGUGUGUUAUGCACCUUCCAAGAGCACAAAGACCACGAACUCUCCUCUUUCACUGAAGGAAUCUCCAAAAAUCGGAAGAGCCUUGAAAAUCUGUCGGUCGUCUGUCAAGAUAGGAUCAACAAGGUGAAAUCUCAUUUGGAUUUGAUCAAUAAAUGCGAGUUUAACAUUAAAGAGGUGGAAGAUAAAAUUCGGGACGUUUCGUUAAGUUUGGUGCAAGCAAUACGAAACAAUCAGAAAAACAUGGUUGAAAAUUUACGCAAUAUUUAUGGUCCGACCACUUUGGAAUAUCUUCAACACAAGGAGGGUAUCAAAGACAAUCUCGAAAACCUCCAAAGUACUGUGAAUCUCACGAAUAUCAUCCUUAAGGAAAAGAGCGUCGAAGUGUUACUUUUGAAAAAGAAUCUUGAAGAAAAGGCCAAGGGACUCAUUAAUGCUGAAAUAAUUGAACCCCCUGAUGGCAUCGAAAAACAUGUCAGGUUUAUUCCUGGUUCGGUAGCUCUAGGAUUUAUUGACACUGGUCAGAAUAAGGAUAGUGAAACUGGUGAUGUAGGAAAUGAGAACAAACGGGAACAUUUUAAAAUAUCGAACUUUACCGAAUUGCAGACCCAAACGGAACGAAUUGAAACUUUUGAAAAAGAUACCACAAUGUGUAAACUUUGCAUCGACUACUGCAUUGAUAUGGAUACCCAAACUGACAUCGUUUCUAAGAUUCACAAAGAGACAGAAACUCCAGUUGCCAUGACGAAGGGGAAGUGCACAUCAACAGAACCUCCUAGUGUCAGUCACAAGGGAUGCACAACCGACGAGAAAUCCUUUUCAAAAGCAAAAACUCAAACGGACGUUGUUGAAAUGAUAGAUAAAGAUGUCGCUACAAAUAGGGUUACCAAGAAGGACAUGGAGGUCGGGACUCCGUGUAUAAGAACUAUUAAUAGAGGUACGAUACCAUAUAGGGCUGAAAAUUACAGGGACAAGAAGUCGAUGACCCCAGCGGAAUGGAUGGAACACAAACCAACCCUACGAGAAAUAAAAUCACGCAAUUUACCAGAGGUAACUAUAGAAACAAACGCUGUCCCGAUGGUUGCCAAAGAGACAACAACGACGCAAAUACCAACUACUGAGAUGUCAACGUCGACAUAUGGAGUACAGACUGUAGAAAUGUCUACCACCAUGGAGGGAGAUGAAAUUGUAAAGGUUACGCAAUCUAAACCUAUAAAAUCCAAAAUGGUGGAUGGAUCAACUUUAACGCACGUGCCAACGGAAGAUGCCAUGUCUAAUACAACUACAAUCAAAACAAAAACAACAGGUACAAAGAUGACAAUAUCAUUGAAAGAUACUGGAGUCAAUCCAGACCCUACAAUCAAGUAUGUUGUUGUUCCAGACAAGACUGACACUGGAACCAUGCCUGACCUGUGUAUCAUUGAGAGUCCAACUAAAGCUAGAUCAAAUGUGCCAUUAAUUAAAACAUGUGAAAUGUCCGUAAUGACUGAUCCCAUAACCAUGGUAACAAAAUCCAAAAAUGAUCUAGAGUCAGGUACCUUAUCUAUUAAACCUCCUGUUGCUACAACCAAUGCUUCCACUAUUACUGACUCUGGUCUCACUUAUGCUAACCUUGUCUUGACUGGAAGCAAGAAAAAACCAACCAAGGUUGCUACCGUUGAUAAGGGCUCCAACACGUAUAGAAUCAAAGAACCAGCAAAACAAAUCACUGUUGAUACAUCGACUGAAACUGAUACUCCUAACUACACAACUACUGCGUCUGACGCCAUCAAAGAUGUCAUGAUAAAUAAGAAAUCGAAUACGACCAGAAUAACUUCGGAAACGAAAUCAAUGAACACCAUUAGUCCUCGGUCUUUCACAAAGCAGACAAAUACCACAAAGUCUGUAAUGAAAGAACAAGGUAACAUGACAGAUAGAGGUACAACAGUAGAUGAAUUUACCUCCACUGAAUCACCAUGUACGCAAGAAGUUGGAGUUCAUGUUGUACCAGCAACUAUUGUCACUAAGGACCGAGGAACUGAUUCAAAGCGAGUAUAUAUGGUUGAGCGACGUGUUGGAACUGAACCUUUGGACUCAAAAACAUAUGCUGUUGGCACCUCUACUGAUAUGAUUGACAUGAAAACUAAACAAACGCUUACUACACCUCCUAGUACUCGAGACAGAAGUGUAUGUACGCCUAAAGUUGAAAUGGCGACCAUAGGAACGAAACCAUUUAGGUUCCCGAAACCAGACAAGUAUACCAUGACGACCAACGUACCAACCGUUUCCAAGGGAACAACAACCAUGACUAUGAAAACUAAAAAAUCAACAGACGCGGGGGUGGAUCCGAUACCUUUAGAAACCCACUCUAAGGAAACAGAAACGUACGUGCCAACUAUGGAUGAAGGAACAUCGACUGGUGUCUUACUCAUGACCAACAAAAAUGUAGGGACGGAUACCCAACAAUCAUGUGACGCCAUGGUUGGUACAUCGUAUAUUCUUGCCAUCAAAUGGGCAGAGAGGCUGCGCCAGAAAGCCUUGACGAGUACCAGAGGAACAUGCACACCACAGGUGAAGAAAGCAACACAUGAAACAAAUACUCCGGUGAAAAAAACAUCCAACACUGAGACCACAACUAACACAAACGUGCAUACUUCAGAUACCGGAACAUCUACGCCCCGGGUACCAAAAGUGACAACGAGCCAAACCAAUACCCCGACCAUAGUCCAGACUACGAAAGAGACAACCACCAAUAAGGGGAUGAAUACAAAAAACACCUCCACAAGCAUGGUUCCGGUAAAGCUUCUUAGUAGAAAGACCAACACACCAAGCAGAGAUCAUAUCACUAAGUUCACUACAACCACUGAUCUGGUUAGCCUCCAAACAACGGCAAUAGGGGAUAAUUCAGUCUUCAAUAGUGGGGUAGAUAAAUACGUCGGCACACUUCCUGCUGAUGUAAAAUCACAAAUAACAAGCACUGAUGGAGUAAUCCGGCAGAACAGUCAAGAAACAUGGACUGAGACGGUAAAUGUGGUCAGCCAGGGCUCAAAUACAAGCGUUCCUCAUCAACCCAGUAAAGAGACAACAACAAACAGUAGUAUGCGCACACAUGAACGUGCUAUCGGGUGUGGUAACCAGGCAAAUGAGUUCAAGGUUGACGUGGCAACUGAUGCGGUUACCAUAGCAACAAGUGAUGUAAGUACAAGAACAAUAAAAGCACUAACGGAAAGCAAAUCAGUUGAGACUAUACAGCGUGAAACAAAUGAUCAACACACAAAUACACACCCAGUUGCUAAUAAUUCAAAAGAAACAACAACACAACAUCUUAUAGGACUGCAAACAUUAGGAACAUCUACUGGAGAAUCCAGUCGAGGAUUUUCAACUGAGAACUCUACAAUGACAAACACUAACGUUCAUGUUCAAAGUCUUGGUGUAGAAACAACACAGGGACAAUAUCUGGUGAACAAGCAAACAACAACUGAUCCAAAAACAAUGGUCGACCAGACUACGAGAACUAUCCCAGUAGUUACAGAAUCGAAAUCAACAGACACACAGCAGACUGUUAACGCCCAUCAAGGCACAAAUACCGAAAACCAAACGCCCUAUAAUUUUGUAUCACACACUAGUAUAGAUGAAUCCCACGGUUGUCAUGGUAACAAAAUGGUUGACAAGGAAACAUCUAUGGUAUCUAAGGAGAUGAUUGAACGUUCAACGACUACCCCACAUACAGUGACAACAGAUAUUGAGAUUGUUACUGUUCCCAUCGGUGAACAAGAUGCCGAGACAGCCACAGAUUCCGUCCCAACAUCUGAUAAAGCAAUAUUUGCAGGUGUUCGAAAACAAACAUCGAGCACUAUGACAACGCCGUACGAUUCAAAAGGAACCAAUCAUAAUUUAAAAUAUGAUAACAGCACGAUGACUGAUAUUACCGGAAAGAUAAGUCUAGGAACAAAUCCAGAUUUCAAAUUGAUAUCAAAGAAGGAGGAGUUCUGGGAGCCGAUGACUGUACAACAUGGGAACACACAGGCAGCUUCUUCGUCGUUCAUAAGCCAACUCCCGAAGACAGCUAAGUCCAUUGUAUGGAAGGUAGAUAGAGAGACGAUGACAAGAGCACGCAGAACAGCCACAAGCUCAACCCGGAUGACUCCUCCGCCAAGCACAGAGGAAAGAGGAGUCGGUACUGAAACAGUGCUCGUUGAGGGACGCAUCAAUGAAUGUAUAAGUAAACUCAAGAACGUCACGCAAAGAUUGAAUAAUCCUUCUCCUGUGUCUACUCCAGAACGAAAGGCCAUCCCUAUCACGAGAUCGCAAAGCAGUCAUACUCCAAGUGAUGAUGCGGUGGAGAAGGAUCUGGCAAUAACUCGUUGCAAUAGUGAAAAGGGUACUGCUUCGACACACAACACUGGCGAUAAUCCUCUGGUAGAUGUCCAAACGAAACAAGUGGAAAAUUCCCCUGAUGACGUAGAUGGACGACGCAAAGCUAGACAAAGAAGACCAGAUAUUACUGCUCUCUUGAAUCAAGAUUCCGAUAGCACCGCAACAGAUAGUUCCACGGCAAAAGCAAGUCAAUUUACGGAGGACGGUAUUCCAUUGCCGAGGGCGCUCCCAUCUAGACUGCAUGCGCAACAUGUACAGACGAAAACCUUACAGUCCUUUUCAAUGGACCCCGAUGAAUUGAAAAAGAUGAAGCUGGAAAGGAAACGUGAGAAAAAGAAGAAACGCCAUCAUCAUACUAGCGGGAAGUCACCAAGAGAUAAAUCAAUCUUGAAGGGUGGUCCAACUUCUGGUGAAACCAUCAAUCCAGAAUCUGCAAGUCCAAAAGAUGACAAGAUCGUAUCGCUUGGAAUUAGGAAAACAUCUUCCGAAAUUGAUGAAGAAAUGGAAACAAAGGAAUUUUCUAGUAAAAGUCCUCAACAGCCAUGGAGGCAAAGAGCAGCUCUGCAAAAACAGAAACCUGUCGAAGCACUCGACAAUGUGGGGACCAGUGAGCAGAAAACACCCAUAAAGCAUUUUAUUGAGGUUAAUGAGAGCCCAGUCAUCAAACCAUAUGAUGACAACUAUUUACAAAGAUCUACGGAUAACGCAAGUGCUUUGGAACCCACCUUGAAUGAGAUUCACCCUUGGAGAUCCACAAAGGCAAAACGUAAAGAUAAACGGCUGAGAAACAAGACUAUAGCAAUAGAAACGCCCAGCAGGAUCAGCUCUGAAGAGGACUUGUUCACGGGUAAAUUUCAAAGGGACUCCACAAAUACUAAAAGCACACCCACUGAUGAAUGCAUACCGUCCACUCAAACCAACAAACCCACUAGUGUUGCUCUAUCUGAUAAACAUAAAAAUGUGAAGAGCACGUCAAUAUGUUUCACCCCAGGUCCUGUCAAGGCUGUAUUCUUGUCCGACAGUUCACGUGAGUCUUCCUUUGAUUCACCAUACUCUCCUUUCGCAUCACAAGAUUCAAUUGAGACAAGAUACCCUUUUGGGACAAAGGAUUCUUCUUUUGGAGCGACAUCUUCGUUUGGGACAAAGGAUUCUUCGUUUAAUGCAAAGAGAACUUUGAAUAAAAGUAAAAAUAUGCAAUAAUUUCAUACGAUUUAGUCAAAUUCUAUUCCGAAGCUUCUCGCUUAUACGCCAAUGGUUCGUUUAUUUCGCAUGGGCGUUAACUAAUAUCCCUCGAAAAGAAGCCAUGGGCGCUUGAGCAUUCGUGAAGAACGCUAGUUGGUUUUACAGAGAAAAGGUUCUUUUUAACUUACCCUUAUUCAAACAAACACCCAUCUGGGUCUAUUGACGAGGAACUCCGGAAAGUAUGAAAUAUUGCAGUUUUUAUUUGAUAAAUCGAUUUACAAAUUCAGAGUCCCAACGUUUUCGAAUAACUAUUUGUUGCACAACACAAUGGUCCAUUCUGGAUGAUAGGUGCUAAUUAUGAUAAAUAAAAAGUUUUAAACAUAUAAUAGUACUUAUAAAAAAUAGCAUAAAAUAGUACUUUUAAAGAGUAAAUAGAUAUAUUUUAGAUUUUGUUGAAUACUAGAUAUAGUAGUGGAUUAAUAAAAUAAAGUGAUUAAUAAAAUAUAUUGUUCUGAAAUA